AUGGAAGAAAUUGAGUCUCAAGACUUGGCUUCACAGGACAUUCCUCAAGAAACCCCUGCUAAAGACGUAUUCAUUGCGCCCUCCAUUCACGGACAAGCCAUUCUCGCUGGAGCAUCUUACACACAUCAUUCCCCGAUCCCCGAAGUUGUAUCUCGGAAUCUCUCAACAGAGUGUAUCCUGGGUGUCGAUGAGGCGGGCAGAGGCCCAGUACUCGGUCCUAUGGUCUACGGUCUAUUCUACCUUCCACUUAUACAACACCGAUCACUUCUCGCCCAGACACAUCACUUUGAUGACUCCAAAGUCCUCACUCCAACUUUUCGCUCCUCACUUAUGAAAGCUCUUUGCACUCCUGGCACCGAUCUUUAUCAAAAUUGUGGGUGGGCAACAAGGGUCAUGUCAGCCCGCGACAUAGGCUCUGGUAUGCUCAAGCCCGCGGGAACCUACAAUCUGAAUGCUCAGGCAAUGGACGCAACCAUCGACCUCAUAAAAGAUGUUUUUGCAAAGGGAAUCAAUGUUCGAGAGAUCUACAUCGAUACGAUUGGAAAUCCUGCGAUGUACCAGAAGAAGCUGGAACGCAUCUUUCCAACAACAAUGAUCACCGUCGCUAAGAAAGCUGAUUCACUUUACCCUUGCGUUUCAGCUGCUUCCGUAUGCGCCAAAGUCACCAGAGAUGCUGCGCUCGAAGUCUGCUAUCAGACUUACGCAUCUGCCGCUGAUGCACCAGAAGAACCGCAAGCAGCUGCAGAAGGCUGGGGAUCCGGGUACCCGUCAGAUGCAAGAUGCACAACAUGGCUAAAAGGGCAUAUGAAUCCCGUGUUUGGUUGGGGCAGUGAGUGCCGAUUCAGCUGGAGUACGGCCAAAGAUCUGCUCGAAGCCAAGGGUACCGGUACCAAAGUCGAUUGGCCGGUGGAAGAUGACGAGCAAGGCAUGCGGGUGACUGACUUCUUCUCGACUACAGCAGACGAUGGAAUAGAUAAAGAAUCUAAUGAGCUCGCGAGUUGGUUUGGCAGGCCUGUUGCCGAAGAGGUCUUUUGA